AUGAGCGCCAUUUACUCGCCAUUUCAGCCAUCUUCGCCCAAAUCCAGCCACUUAUCAAUCAUCACAGGUCCGCCCACAACUGAAGAUGUUUUCACGCUGGCUUGUCCUUCUCACCUCAUUUCGAGAGCUCGAAAUAUCAAUCACUCAAAGACAGUGCUUCGCCCGAUACCACAGGCACAACCGGACUUCGGUGAGAAACACGGAAUUUCUAGUCCAGGGACCAUCAUAACUAGCAAAACUAACAGCCGCUCCAUUUCGAUCCAACGCACUCAACGAUCAAUGGGUAGUCUACCUUCGAUGGCAUCCAGCUCCCGGCCGGAUGUCCCAUACCUGAUGCGCGAAAAUUUUAUUGUCUCGGAGAAGCAAGCCAUUCGUGUGGACAGAACAACCACACUGUCCGUCCUUUUGAGACCUCCAAUCUCUGUCAUCUCACCACGCGGUGUCUUGACUCUUGCACGUGCUCAAUAA